CACAAAAACGUGAGAUUUGUAAAAUAAAAGAAAAAGAAUUAAACCUUUCUAACGUAAUUCUUACACAAAAAUAUAAUAUUGAAAAAUUAACAGUUACUAACAUUUUAAAUGAAAAAGAACACUGGCUUGCAAUUUUAGGAGAUCAAGGAAAAAUUAAAAAAUUUUGUGGUCCUAAAUGGCCUCAACUUAAAAAUAUACUUAGUCUCUAG